CUUUUAGGAAAUGGUCUCGUCAUAUUAGCAGUUGUUAUUAAUAAGAAACUCCGUUCCGCCACCAAUGCUCUGAUAGUGAGCCUGGCCUUUGCUGAUUUGCCUGUUGGUCUGGUGAUCUUCCCUCUUAUCUCCUUGACACAGAUAUACGGGCCAAAUCUACACUAUGGCAAGCAGUUGUGCAACACAACCAUCUUCUUUACUGAGGUGUUCCUGAGCGCCUCGUGUCUUCAUUUGUUAUUCAUUAGCUUGGAUAGAUAUCUAGGUGAGAAGGCUAAAAACACUAAAUUAACUUGUUGGACUUUAUAUUAAUUAUGUAUUACUAAGGAAGGCGUUGUUGCCAAAAACACAGUGUAGUAUUCCCUUUGGCUUCAAGGUUUAAAUUCCCCACACAAAAUAUGAACAUCCAUUUAUUAGGCAUAAAAUUCUCUUUUGUGCUCUCUUUUCUUCCCGUGCAAACAAGUUGUCCGCAAUCAUAUUUGAAUGUGACCAAAAAAUUGAUCCUUGGCCAUUUUUUUGCAUUCAAAUUAGGACCUAAAUACUUUAAUUACAAAGAGGGAGGAAAGGUUUUGCGCCUUUUAUGACGUAAAAAACACGGAUGGGUACAGUGAUAAUUGUUUUCUUGUUAGAAGUUCUCAGUCAGUCUUCGAAAUAAAAUUAUCGUCUAGAGUUGAGCGUGACUGCUUUAGAAAUCUGUUGUAAUUGGACGCUCAUGGGACGCAUGAGUCGCUUUUUCAAAAAGUUUUCUUUAAAAUAGCAAGACUCGUCUUCUCUUUUCUCUAAACGUUUCUUUCGUUUAAUCUCUUCAUAGCCUUCAUAGCCCAACAUCAGUAUGCAUAUUCUCCAUGCUGCGAUCUGCACAUUUCCCAUGUUACUGACAUGAAGAUUUGUAUACCAACUAAUAGCUUUUUUUCAGUUGGUGCUUAUUUGCUAUAUUCUCAUAAUCUUCAUGUGUUAUUAAAUAGUUAUACUGUAAGGAGAAGCUCGAUGCUGAUCACUCUUGGGGUUAAAGGGUCAAGGCGGUUAAUGAAGAAUUUUUGCUUAUCAUAAAAACCAUAAGAUCCCUUCUAUUACGACGUCAAAGAUAUGCUUUCAUUCCACCCCAAUCCCCUCUCUCAAGGUUCCAAUACUCACCGUGCCUGCUCCCUUUGCAGCAAUCAAUAACGCUCUUCGUUACCACGCUAUCGUCACCGCAAGACGUAUCGCUUACGUCAUAGCCUUCAUUUGGACUUUGUCCGUGCUCGUGGCUGUGUUUCCUUUCCUUGGUUGGCGGGACGUCCGGCCUCGUUCCCAGGGAGGCUUUUGUCAGUAUCACCUGAACCUCGCUCCCAGUUUUAUUCUUUUUCUGCAUAUAACCGUGUGCCUGACACCACUGACCAUCACAUGUCUGGCGUACUGUAAGAUAUUCCAAGUAGCUCGACAGCAGGCUCAGAAAAUCGCCGCAAUGACGGUUAGAUGUGUUGCUUCUUUGUUUGCAAGGAUGCAGUGCGGAAAAAUAAACUUCGUAGCCAAAACAAACUGUAAAAAACAUACAAAUACAUUAGGCAAAAGAAAAUUAACCUGAGGAGGAACAAAAUGUGUAGAAAUUUAAGUGGUAACGAUUUUACAAGUGAUUGGGAAGCAAAAAAUAAUCAAGAAAACAACAGCAACAAAAAAACAUCUUAAAACACUGUACAUAUUUGAGAGAUGAUUCUGACGACAAAAACUCAGGUGUUAACCACUGAAUCAUGGUGAUUCAGCAGUCCAUUUCCAAAUUUAUCCAGACCUCCACAUUAGGACACAAAAGAGGAACGUAUAAUACAUAAAUUGAAAACUAUAUUUUAGCCCCGUCUAACCCUAUGUGGGGGGCGGAAAUGCCAUGAAAAAUGUUUUUACUCCGCAUUUCCUUUCUUCAUAAUUUGAAGGUUUACAUAAAUUAUUGGAAAUAUAAUUGUUAAGAACAUUAAAUGCGUUAUACGUUACGAUCAGGUAAUAGUCGUGAGGAGACUGUAACGAGGAGGGCGUGGUCGUUUGGUGACAGCUUUUUCAGAGAGCCCUAUUCUUACCAUCGUCUACUGCACACAGCAUCUUUUUAUUCAAAGUGUGUAGGAAUUACAUCAAAUCUAAUAGAAUCAGUCUGGAUGAGGUAUUUGGAUAAUAAUCCUAUAAAUUGGUGAUUUUUCGGGCAAAACGUUCAUUGUUUCUUACAGGUUAGUGGAAGUGAACAAGAAAAACGCCGUAAGAAGCUGGAAAAAGAGCGUAAAAUUACUCUAUCGGUUGCGGUUGUUGUUGGAGUGUUCAUCCUCUGUUGGGGGCCGCUUAAUGUCAUGCUCAUCGUUUACUGUGUAUGUCAUAGCUGUGUCUCUUCUCUUGCUAUCGAGGCAGCGGAAGUGUUCUCCAUGUUAAACUCUGGCUGUAAUCCACUCAUCUAUGGAACUUUUAACAAGGACUUCCGCAGGACCUUUAAGGCUAUGUUACAAUGCCGCUGGCGUCAAAUCAACCGUGAAGAGAUCGAGGGCUCAACCCAAGUGGCUAUGCGCGCGUCGAAGGACUCAGUGGAAAGUGCGAAGUGAAAAUUAUCAGAUACAACAAACAGAAGUCGGUUCACUACGAUUUUCAUUUCGAUUACCGGAGAUGAUUUUUAAAUCUCAAGUUGAAACGCACAAACGAAAAAGAAAAAAGAUUUAAUAAAAUCCGUUAAGAAGGAAUUCCAAGGAUCAGUGAUGCGGUUAUGAGCUGCUUUUGAAAUUUAAAAGGGACCUUGCAGAAUUAAAUAUGUCUACAUAACAAUGUUUUAUCGCUUAGGGAACGUUUUAUCCUUUGCAAUUUGAAAUUGAAUGUUCCAAUCAGUCAGUCAGUAUGUCGACCAACGCCCCGCUCACUGUUUGCUAGAAAAUUAAAAAAAAAAUCAUUUUCAUUCAGGAAUUUCGGCAAAAGUUUAACUCCUCUGUUUAAGAAACGGACAAAAAUUUCCUUGUCCACACGGUAGUGGUCACCGCUGGCAGAAAACUUGCCUGCAUCGUGGCGCAUGCGCAUAAUAAAGGUUAGUUCCCAAAAGGGUUGGAAUCGUAAGAAAGCUUGUAGCAAGAUUGUGAACUUCAAUUGCUUUCUAAGUCCGUAAUCUGAUACCCCCCUCUAUCUACAAAAAAAAAGAUUGCAGUUUAACAAAGGCUAAGGCGGAUUACGAGCUCUCGCCUGGCCUCUCUCUUUUGUAAAAAAGAAAGAGAGGUUUGUAAAGGGAGUUCGUUUGUAAAAAAAGGCGAAUCAACCUGGUUAAAAAAGGGAAAAGGAAAGUGGUCUGAACCUCGACCAAGUGGCCCAUUAAGCCGGAAUUUUAUUUAUCCCGGUUUCUGUAGCAUGAAGGAACCAGGGAAGGGGGUGGGAUGCUAAUCCAUCACAGUUAACCCCAGUAUUUCGUCACGUCUUUUUGACAAUUCGUAGGUACCCAUCUAUACUCCUACAAAGAGAGAGGCACUGCGAGAGUCACGUGUCUUGCCUAAGAACAUAACACGAUGAACUGAGCAGGUCUCGUACCCAGGCCUCUCGACCCGGAGUCCAGUGCACUAACCGUCAGGCCUUUGAGUCUGAUCAGCAAGAUUGUAACCGUGGUUGAAAUGAUCUCCUAUGAAUACCCCAGCCCGGUUAUCGAGCUAAGACUUGAAAGUUUGCUUUUACACCGUCUUCGUAAACAAGCUGAUAUUAUGCUCGGGAACUGUGCGCAGGUUUAAUUCUCAACUGAGUAACGGGAUUAAUAAGUAACCGAUACCACUUAAAAGAGCAUGCACUACGCUCACUACUCACGUGUGCAUCAAAAGGAAGGCAGUCUACGUAGGUCCCGUCCAAACUUUGCCGAAGUAAUUUGAAACCAGUACUUUUUCUGUUAAAUUAGGCCUACCACAAACACUUAUCUGGAUACAGAUCGUCAGCCCAAAAUAGAAGUUUACGAAAAAGCUCUUAGAAAUGGUUGAUAUCAAAAUGGCUUUCCGUUGUAGUAAGGAGGUCGUCGUUUCGCUUAUUAGCGGCGUUCAUCUGAAAGACAAAAUUUAAAGCAAAGCCGCAUGGUAAUCAAGCCUUUUCAUGCAACCGUGAAAUUGGCAAAUUUAAAUUGGAGUUUUUAUCAGGAGAGAAAAAGACGUCGGCUUCUAAUAGAAAUAAGACACAGCUGCUGUCGAAACAAAGACCGUGGGAUGACCAAAGAGACAGCUUACCCGAUUGGUGCUUUGAGUCGCAGCUAAUUGAAAAGUAAACAUCGCUGACGUGUCAUUUCUUUAAAGUAAAUAAUCUGGAAAGCUCACCUUGGGAGGCCUAAACAGAAUUGACUUUAAAUAUACAGCCGGUUUUAAUAAGCUAUAGUUAACAUGGAAAUGACGUAUUUCGAAACGAGCACCAUAGUAAAGAAACACAAAAAAAUUGUUUCAUUAUUACGUGGUGAAUUGAUAUCAUUGUUGACUAUAUGGUUUCCUCACUGAACUGUCAAUGAACAAAGUUCGUAAUUUUGUUGGGUUCGAUGCGUUUCUUUCUUGACGAGGAGAACAAAUUUUUACCAUGAUAAUAGGAUUGGUAUUUCAGUUGAAUACUGAUUAUCAUUAUGAUAACUACUUAAAAGUUAAAGAUAAAAGGUAUCUGAAACUUGUGGAUGCCGAAACGCAGACCUCAGUAUGCAUUAGGUAAUAGCUCAAAUUUUACAUAAAAGAUAACUGAACUUUUUUCAGUGAGAAACAAAACGAAAUAAGUUGAAGGUUAUUUGUGAUGAUUGAAAUUAAACCUUGAAAAUUCAGAAAACUGUUUACGUUGAUCGAAAAGACGCCACAGAGUUGGCAGAUUGCUUUAAAAUUACGGUCAAUUCUAAACUGAACUGGUUGCGGCGACUUUCAGUCAAUGAUGCAAUAGAUUUUCAUUUGCUACUCACACAUUUAAAGUUGAAACCGACAUUGGUUGUUAUUCUGAUCAAUUUUUCUUUUCAAGUGGACCCUCCAAAACUGAAAAACCGCAUUUUCUUUAUUCAGUUGAAGAUAUCGACUAGCUAGGUAUACCAUAAUGGUGUCAAUUACAGAUCUGCAGCGUCUUAGGAGCACGUCCCUCUGUGUAAGAAUGAUAAAGAUAAUUAAGUUCAACGAGGAAAGGUAAUAGAUAUAUUCUAUGGGAAUGGUUCCAUCUUGAACCUUCGAUCGAAAAGACGCAAAAUUUUAUUAAAACCGUUUUACAUGACGGCCAAUUUGCUGCGUGUUUCGAUUGCUUUCAAAGAAAUACGCGACAGAUUUUAAUUUACUAUCAAUUAACAGUUUAUUAAAAACUGCAGUUACUCAGUUCAAUAACUAAGCCUUGUUAAAUGGAACACCGCGCGCAAUUGCGUUUCAAAGAAAACUUUAAUCACCUUCGGUAGUCGUUUGCAUUUUUACGAUUUUCCAUUGGUUUUCACUAAGACACGACUUAAGUGACGAAAUUUCCAUGAUAGCGAGAGAAGAAAUCACAGUAAGCCGGCUUCUGUGAAGCUCGCUUGAUAAUGCCCCCAAAAAGUGCGAAAUUAGCCGCCGCAAGUUAGUCGCAGAGCAAAAUUUUGCAGUUAACAGCAGAAAUCAGCCAGCUUUUUAAUCAAAAGCACUAUCAGGUAGGUUUUCCUCAAGGAAAAAUUGACGAGAAAGGCUUCCUUUCUGAUGUGUAAACAAUUGAAGGCGUUCCAGGGUUGCGUAAAAAGUUCGUGUUAAACUGAAACGAAUUAGCCUAAUCUGUCAGAUUCGAACGCCUUCCAUACACUCAAACCUUCUUGCAUGAUUCUCAAAUUUGCUCGGGACUGAUUUUAGUAACCAUGGACAAAUUUUGAUGCGGGUGAAAAUACCUCGUUGAUAAUGCUGGCUGUAACAUUGUGCAAAACCUUAAAUGAAACACACUUGGAAUGACUUUAUUCUAGAAGAAUAUUCCACCUAUUUCUAAAAAAAAAUGUUUUUUUGGGCAAAUUAUACGGUACAGCUUUGAGCUUUUGCGAUCAACGGGUAGUUAGCAGUUCUUACGCAAAAUUUAGUCCGCUCCACUUAUCUUGAUAAUCAGUAUGUACAGCUGAAGUGAGAACCAUGACAAAAAUGUGGAAAUAUUUAUUUUCAUAUGAUUCUCCGCAACGAAAUGAUCAAACAAAUGGCAAGAUCUUGAGAUUCUAUAUCAUUUUUGUUUGCUCUUUUUUGAUCAGUUGACAUGCCUGAUAUGUGGUUUUGGGUGAGUGGAUGGGUUCUAAUUUUAGUUACUGUGAUCGGCAAUGGUCUUGUGAUUUACCUCGUCAUGACAAAACCUCGUCUCCAUACCCCCGCCAAUUGGUUUAUCUUAUCGCUGGCUGUGGCCGAUCUGUGUGCAGGGUUAGCAUUCUUUCCACCCCUGUUCGGCGCCAAAUUCUUCUACACCGUCGACCUCACCCAUGCUGGUGUCUUUUUCAAGGUCAGCUUCGCCUUCUUGUAUUGCUCCAACACCAAUCUCUUCGCCAUGACGGUCGACCGCUUCCUUGCCAUCACAAAGCCUUUGCGGUACAUGUCUUACAUGACGAAAGAAACUGUUUGGGCAAUGAUUAUUACGGCUUGGACUGGCCCAUUUCUACUCUUCUUUUUGCCUUCCAUCUUCACUUACAAUCACAAUCCGACAUUUACCAUGUUCGUGGAAAUAUCCCGAGUGCUCAUUUUCCAGAUUCUGCCCCUCGUUAUCUUUGUCGCUGCGACUUCUCAUCUCCUUCGCAUUGCCUGGAAAGUCAACCGCCAGACACGGGAACUGAUUUCUCAAGUCCGCCACAACCAUGCUAUGAACAUGAGUGGACAGAACAUCCAGCGACCUGCAGUAUUCAGAGUGCAACACAGGAGUUCCACCGUUUUGAUCAUAUUGGUGAUGACCGCCUUCAAUAUCACGUACCUCGGAGGGAAUUACCGCUGUCUCUGCUUUCUCACUAAUUUAUGUCCCUUCGCAGGGACGCUCAGAUAUAUGGUUUAUCUGGUGCUGAUUGCCAACACUGCUGUCAAUCCAGUUCUCUAUUCCUUCUUUAAGAGUGAUAUUCAAAAAGAACUAUUUAAGUUGUUCUCAAGGUAGAUAAGUCAUAAGUUAUGGCACAGCACGACUCAAAAAGAAAAAUAAAGCAGCCAUCUUGAAUUGCGUUUGGAUUCCAGUUUCAUAUGUUUGGCUCUUUCGUCUGACAUGCUUAGCUUAUAAUUACUUCUUUUGAGUUUUCUAUCAUUUGGUUAGAGGUUUUUAGCCCCUGAAUGCUGAAAAUCACGUUGUCUGUCUGUCAGAUCUUUAGUCGUCAACGAGCCUCCCGCAUUGUCAAAAUAGACAGAUGGGCGCAAUAUACUUCAUUUUGGAGUGCACACAAAGAUUUUAACGCAGAAUAUAGUCACGGUAGUGGUAACAAUGUUUUGGUGGUCAGCGGGUGAAUUCUACUAUCGUUUCACAGGAACGCUUCAGUUCUCAGUUGACAAGCUGGUUUUUACGUGUCUUCUUGAGGCCCCGUUCAGUGAUUAACUAUAAAGAUUAAAAAAGAAACAGGUCGAAAUCGGGUUACGGAGGGUUUCGCUCCAGCUCAAUUUUAUGAUUCAUUAACUCAAUUUACAUUUACGUAGUUCAUUGCGUUCAUCCUGUCAUGAAGAUAAUUUUCUAUUACGAGACCCUAAAUUGUUUUUCAGUCAGUUCUUUUUACUCAAUAGGGUAGAAGAUUUCAAUAAGGACAAAAGUUAUCUCAAAUAUUAAAUUAAACAUCAUAUGAUUGUUAUUAAUGACCCGAUGUUUUAUGAUGAGCUGUUGUUUUAGCUUACAAAAGUUCAAUUAGGCUACCCAGCAGUUAACUCAUCUAAAUUCAUUAUAAAACUGAAAACGUCUUUUGUUUGAUGAGGUUUAUCGUUGCGUAUCGGAAUGCCUCUUGUGCGGUCUAUUAUUCCCUUGGCAACUGUCGGAUGAAAAAAACAAAGGUUAGCUAACCACAACAAGUUAGGCAACAAAGCUUUCUGCUUCGAUUGACGCUACUCAGUGUAGCAACUGUAUCGAAGAGCGCUAUAUUGGACCGACAAGAGAUCAAAACUCGCGAAAAGUUUCUUUUAGACACCAUGAAAGCAGCGUUUUACAAUCCAACUACGACCAGACUUAAAGAAGCGAUUUGCGACGGGAGAAUCUAUCAAACUCGGCACCUUAUUGAGAGCGGAGUGGACCUGAAUUUUGUGGACGAACAGGGUUUGACUCCUCUUAUGCAUGCCGCGCAGUUACCUGACGAGAAAUGUCGCACACGUAACAGCUUACUCAAACUCUUGUUGCAGCACGGUGCGAAUGUAAACAUCGUUGAUAAAAAGGGCCGACAUGUGCUGUCUAGGGCUUGCAUCGACGACAAAGAAGAUAUUGUUAGACUACUGGUUAAUGUCGCUAAACAGGACGUUGAUUUGAACCAACGAGAUUUCGACGGAAACACAUCAGUCAUGCACUCCGUUCGCACAGGUAACGCCACUUUAGUGAAAUUUAUAGUUAGCGAACUGAAUAAGUUUCAAGUUGACAUAGAUGUUCGAAAUCUCGAAGACAGAACACCUUAUUUGGAGGCCAAACGACUGGGGAAUGAAGAGUGUGCGACUAUCCUGUUGACUGAAGGGAAUGCGUCAACAAAUAUUCAGGUGAAUCCCUUUUUGGAUUUUAUGAGCGUAAAAGAAGAGAAAUCUUACAACGGCAGGGUGCGAGGUGUCGAGGAAAGUAAAUAUGCUGCGAUUAGCAACUCUUCUGGGAGGAAACAAUCUAAUCCCCGGAAUAUUCAAAAGAAACACAUUCCUACAAAGAAGACCCCUACUUCGAAUGGCGAGAAAUCUUCUUCAAACAACGAAAGGGUCUUGAAAAGGAAGACGAGCUCACCUAGAAAAGUUUCAAGUGCAAGUUUAGUGACUGUAGACACCAAACACAUGGAAAAGUCUCAGUAUGCCCGCCGGCGUAAAUAUGCGUGGCAUGAGAGAAUUAUGAAACACCCGAUAUCACGCAAGGAGGAAGUUGAGAAAGUAUUAGAAUUGGCCACAACAGAAUUAGAGAGGGGGGCGGAUGACGCUAACCCAGACGGCAUCAGUGAACUCAGUUGCUCAUUUAACACUAAAACAUCUUUUAUUGAAAGACAAGCAAUCGCAAAUUCUAAAGGACAAACGCGUCGGGUGAUAAAUACAGUGUCAAAUGCUACUUCCGUUCGAGCGGAUACAAUUCGGCGAAGUCGAAAUAUCAACACAAAGUUGUAUCCAAAUUCUGCUGUUGGCCGAAAAUCAAAAGAAAUUUCCAUAACACGCAAUCAUGAUCGUUCGUACCCUUCGCCAAAAACUUCGGAGAAUGUUGCUGUGGACGACGAGUACAGCUGGUAUUCACACUUCAGUGUCUAUAAUUCCCCAUCGGUGUCUUUUCUUACUAAAAUAAUGGCCAUUUAUGCGGAGCAAAUGUCCCCCGACUCUUCUUUUCGUUUCGGUGCCGGCCUGGAGAGGACUACGAAGAAACCCGACGAGCCGAUGGUGCCAAAGAUCUCUGUCGUAGCUAUGGGGGCCAAUGAAGACCUGCGAUCCGAAGGAGGUCGCUGUUCUCCAUCAAGGUCAGCGCUGUCUAGCCGGUGCAACAGUGCUUCAAGCACCACCUCGAAUCGUAGAUUCCAGUCGGCUGUAUCAAGAACAGUUGCAUCAUAUUUAUCAGGGAAAAGAUCUCUUUCAACGCUCAAAGUACAGGAUGUAGAUUUCUGA